AUGAAGGGCUUUCUGCCUACCAUCCCAUUUUCUGAUCCCAGAGCUGGAAUUCUGCCCCAGUACCCAACACUUUGGCCACAGACCUACCAAGGACUGGAGAUCUGUCUCUGAGGCUUCCCAUACAUCAUGAAGAGAAUAUUGUAUCCCAGCCAGGCACGUGUGUCUUUGAGUAUGUACAAAAGUUCCUACAUGGCUGACUACAAGGACUUCAGUAAUUAUAUACCCCAUCUGGAAAAUCCUGAGGAGCAACGGAGGGCUGAAGUUCAGUUACGGGAAAAAGAAUUUUGCCCAGCUGUUCCCACGUCUACACUGAAGCUGACGAAAGGAUACCCAGCUUUCAGCGAUGGCCAAAUGACAACAAGAGAACUAGAGCCCUGUGCCUUCUCUCAGGAACAAGCCCAGAAGGCCCCUCAGGCACAGACCAGAAUCGGCCCUAGUGAUUACCAUCGUUCCUUGGACCCGAGAAAGAUCCCAGAUUUCAAAACUAGGUAUCAGCCUAAGAUAUUUCCAAAGCCCAUAGUGCUUGAUUAUCCACUUCCUGAGAUUGGUGAACACAGUGAACCGAAUGACACACAAUUCCCUUCAGAUCAGAAAGCUCUCCCGUUUCGAUGGGGACCCUUGGAACCAUUUUACCUAUAGUAACCUUGAGAGUCCAACAGAAAGCCAGUAGGAGAGAAUA